AUACACCUUCAUUACCAGCACGGAGGACAUGCUGGGUUUUUCUUUUUUUUUUCUUUCAAAUGGCUGGUUUGAAUCAUUUUACUUUCUGGGUGCAAAGUUUUGAGUUUCCAGUAUCAAAGUUGUGCAGAAAUGCACAGAUUCCUCCAUUGUUUGGUUAAAUGUCUCUUCGUCAGAUGUAUCUCAACCACAUGCUUCUAGUUGCCACGGUUUUAGCUCUGUGUUUAAACUGGUAGAGUUUAUUUAAACUGGUUUUGUGGAGAGUCAGAUUAUUCCCCAAACAGCUUAGAUGUGUGUUUGGAAAUCCAGCUGGCAGAAAACAACCCCGCAGUACAAUGCUGCCACCAACGUGCUUUAAAGUAUGAGAUGUUCUUGUGGAGAAACAGACGUUGUUUUAUGUACGUUAUAAUGCCCCGCAGCAUGAUGCAACCACCACCAUGCUUUGCAGUUUGUACAGCGAUAUUUUUGCCUCGCCUCUCAAUCUUUUGAAAUCUUUCUUUAGAGGGCAUGUUGCAGGUUUAUUUCGAGCCUGACGACGGGUGUGGAGCCGGGACUUAAUUUCCUGGUAAGCGCACUGUUAUGGCUUUGGUGUGGGCACGGACGCAGGUUUUCCAGCAGCCUCCAGCUCAUGCUAGGUUUGAGUCACUGUGGGGUUUUGGGCUGUUUUUGAGCAGUUUAAUCAUUUUCCUGACAUCUGAUGUCACCUGUUUCAGAUUAAAUUAUAACAUUCCAGAUGAGUUCAUGUGCUUCUCACUGGAACUGAACAUGAAGAGUCUGAAAAUAAUAAGCGUAUUGUUAGACCUGUAAUGACAUCAGGGUGCGAGCAGACCAGGUUUAUUCAAGGUGACAUAUUUUUUUUAUUUUUUUGCACGACUGAAGGAGCUUUUAUCUCCACCAAGAGGAAAAUCUCUGACUGUACUUUCAGUAAGAGAGAUAGAUGAUUCGAAAAAAAGAUGUACUGCUGUCACUAUAAUAACUAAUUUGUUCAACGUCACAUCUUGGUGAAUUCAGGGAACUAUCUGAACACGUCUGCCUCUCUUCACGCCCAUCAUCAUCACGUUUUCUCAUUGAAAUUCUGGGAGUUGGACAUUUUGGUUGCUUUUUUUUUUGUUUGUUUAAAUAAAGAACUCGACAAAAAGAAAAUGUCUUCUUAGAAAACAACAACCAAAUCAGACGUGAAACCCAUCUGGGUAUCGUGAAGAAGAUCUGCUCUUCUUCAUGUUGUUGUGCAGACAAGCUUUUAGUCGGUUUAAACGGAAAGUGAUGACACUUCAUGCAUAAAAACUUAGAUAGUUGCUUGGUAUGAGAGUGCUGAAAGUAUAAACACCGCAGCAGCAGUGAGGGGAGGAGGAGACAGGAAGGCAGGAAGACUAAACCAGGUAAGGAAAUAAUGAGACAGAUUAUGGUUAGAGUGUGUGAGAAGACGGAGAGUAAGAGACGCCGAGGCAGACUCACCAACAGGAAGUUCGACAAAACAAUAGAAGCAGAAUACAGGGAGGACUUCGCCGAAGGUAAGAAUGGGGACUGUGCAAUACUUCAUGGCUGUGCUGUUAUCUGCACAGUUGGUGCUCAACUCUCCCACGAGGCUGAAGAGGAAUGCGGAUGGCAGGAAGUGUAUUGAAUGCCCUGCAGGUGAAUUUCUGGACACUUGUACCAAGUGCAAACCUUGUCCUUAUGGAUCUUACACCGAAAGGCCCAACCAGGAGAAUUCAUGCCAUCCAUGCUUCAGAGACUGCCUACCAAGCUAUCAUCUGAAAGAAGCUCAGAACUGCACAAGCACGACCCCCUUGAAAUGCGAGUGUGAGCCUGGUUUCAAAUGCACAGGGAGGGAACCCAAAGGGAACUGCAACCAGUGUGAAAAAGACAACCCCCCACCAGCUGUGACUGUGGGCAAACCCAGACAGCCUACCUCACCUCUGGAUAAACCAUGCAGCUCCUCCAGGUGCGGUCCUCCUGCUACGGCCCCCACUAAUCCCAGACCAGGAUACACAAGCGCUGAGCUGGCGGCCAUUCUGGGCCCGGUGGUCUUCAUAGGAUGCAUGGCCCUUAUGAUCAUGUUCUGCAUCUAUCAGCCCCGGGAUGAAACAUGUUUCCGACAAAUUAUUGCGAAGCUGUGUAAUGAGGAAGGGCAAAGUGGCAGUCGCAAGGCGAAGGAGUCGACUCAUCAGUUCCCCAGAGACUCUGCGAAGCAGCAGACGUCCCCUCUUUCAGAUGCCAGCCUUGGUCCAGUCCAGGUCCACAAUCCAGGAACGGUCAUCUUCAGCUUGCUCAGCCACUUCACCGGUCCGGUGGGACCGACGGAGCUGAACGGAAAGAGAGCGGAGAGGGCGAGCCACGAAGAAGAAGAUGAGAGAGACUGUCCUGUGUUUCAUCCCACGCCUUCUCCGGGUAUCCACCUCUCCAAAGAGGAGGGCGGCGGCGAGACGGAGGACGUUUUCUUCCCCUCCCAGGAGCAGGGGAAGGACUUCCACGUGUCGAAGGAGGAGGCGCUGUGACGCGUCAGAAUGAUCCAAGAUUUGUUCUGGAGGACAUGCUGGACUCUUUUAAAGAGAGGAAAUGUAAACCUGGAAAACACGAAUACAGGUGGGAGGAGGAAACGAUCCAUCUUCUUCUGGCAAACUGUAGAAGGAUCACAGUUGUAAUUUAUUUAUUGUUUCCUGCUGGUUAAGGAAACCAACAUCACGCCUAACUUUGAUGAAAGCGGGAAUUGUUAUAUUUUUGUAAUUUAUAAUUUAAAAACUCUUGUAAAUAUUAUACAUACUCUAUUGGACGUAAUACUGGAUUUGACUUGAGACACUCUGAGUGGAGUAUUUGUUUUAUUUUGCAUAAAGAAAAAUAAAGAAAUACUGAGGUUU